AUGUCUAAGCAAGAAAGAAAGAAUAAAUCAUCUUCGAAGAAAUCAAAUCAAAAUCAAAAACGGAAUUAUAACUUAAAGAUUCAUGCAUUAAAUGAAAAAUCAUCAACAAAUUAUUCCAGAUAUGAUGCUUCCCCUCUUUCAAUGUCAUCAUCAUCAUCUUUUUUAUUACCCACAAACAAUACUAUUGAUCAAACUGUUUCCUCUUCAAUAAUUUCAAUAAAACCUAAACCAUCAAAAAAUACACAUGUUAUAUCUUCGUCAUUGCAGGUAACAAAAACACUCUUGGGCGUGCCGGAUGGGAAUAUCCCAACAAAUCAUGAUACAGAUCCAUACGUGACAAAGAUUGGUGGAAUUCCAAAUUGGCUUGCUUCAUCAUCUUCAACCUCAUCACCAGAAUUAUCCAGAUCGUCAAUGCCUUCUUUCGACGUGGCAAUAUGUGGUAAUUGUGGCAAAGAAAUGUUUUUAUUAUUUCAGGGUUAUGUGCCAUUAGAUCGGUCGUCAUAUGAUCGUGUUAUUUAUGUCUGGGGUUGUAAUCAAAAACGAUGUAUGCGUAAAUCUGGAAGUUUUCGUGCUAUUCGUGCACAUCAAUUGAACAAAGAAUACGCACAACAAUUACGUCAGGAUAAGGAAAAAUACGCGAAUGCUAUCGUACCGCCAGCAUUUAAUUUGAAAGAACUGAUAUCGUCAAUCGAUAACCAUGAUAACCAUUCAAAUAUAGCAUCGUUAUCAGUACCGUCAAUUGAGGACACGACAACAACAAAUGACUAUGAGUAUCCCAGACUUGAGUCUACUGUGCAUAGAAAAAUAUCAGAAAUUUCGCCGUCUAAAAAUGAAAUUCUACCCAAUAAUCAUAAGAAAAGUGAUUCACUUGCACCAUCCAAAAACUGGAGUCAAAUUGUAUCCGAAGGAGUGACUACAAAUUACAAUAAAGAUGAAAAAGCAUCCCCACAUGAUAUAAAUGACCUUUCAGACCGAAUACAAAAACUCGGAUUAGUAGUUGACUCGUCAUCCGAUUUCUUAUCAUAUAAAGAAUGGCCAAGGUCAAUACCCUAUUUCCCUGCACAAUAUCUAUACAUCACCGAGGAAAUUCUCGGGAAUACUCAGAGUUCCAGCCUUUUGAAAAAAUACGAGCACUAUUUAAAUUACGAAGACUACAAUAAUUAUGAGGCUGACGGUGACAGAAACUUGGGCGAAUGGGCUGGCGAAAAGUACGAGAAAUCCGUGUUACCUAAAGGUGUUGAUAAAGCAUUUAGAAAGUUCUCAGAGCGUGUCGCAGAAUGGCCGGAUCAAUGUGUUCGGUAUGAGUUUGGUGGUCAACCCUUACUAUACAAUCAAAAUUACUUGACACGAAUUCCGCCAUGUAAGAAUUGUGGAAAAGAUCGAGUCUUUGAAUUCCAAUUAAUGCCAAAUAUUCUAUACGCAUUAUCUACAAGUCAUUAUGCAAAAGUCCAGGGCGAUGAUCAUAAUAAUAUUUAUCAAUUUGAUCUCGGAAUGGAAUGGGGCACUGUGAUGAUAUUUACGUGUAUGAAUGAUUGUAAUAAUCAUGCUAAUGAUGUCAAUGAAAAUAAUAACACCAAAACUUCUUAUUAUGAGGAAUAUGUUUUUGUACAAUAUGAAGAUUUAUAA